AUGAAUGGGCUUCUCUGGGUGCGUCUGCAGCAGUAUCGUCGUUUGAUUAAUGUCACAAAUUUAUGGGAUAGGCUCGCGCGAUGGCUCAACGCGCCGACUACAGCUCUACCGUUAAUCAGGGAAAAUAUUCUAGUUAAUCAUAACGGUCGCCUUGAAGGCAAAUGGCAGCUAUCUGUCAAGUCUUUCCGAUCCACACUCUCUCAGUCAGACGGUUCUCAGGUUCCCUCGGAACGGUCGAUGUGUGCACUGACGAUGGGCGAAAAUGUUUUCGUUCUCUUGGAUGACCCUGGCGCUCCCUCUCGGAUAGAGGCAGAGAACCUCACCCCGCUUCCCACCCAUUACCGAAAUACAUUCCUGACUCUCAGCCCUCCCGGGGCACUUGAGCAUCUCCUUGCCCAGCUCAAGGCGCGCUGGGUUUCGGUUCGACAGUCCACCGCCUAUACUGCACCGAGAACCCAAGCAGCUGGGCCACAGCUUCUUAUUGACGGGCACGUCUUCUCCAUUGGAACUGACUGGAUCGUGCGCAUAGGCAAUGUUGUGCUUUCAGGUGGUGCAGUUAAAGGGAUGCUCUUAGAAGCGGAAUACCUUCCUCUGCCCGUCCUGCGCUCCCCGUUGCAAGACGGUACAUCCGAGCUCUUGUCAAACCUCCUAACUUCAAUCCUACCCAAUAUUCGGGAUGCCAAGACAGUCGCCAUCACCAUCAGCGAUUCGCAGUGGGAGGAUGUCCUGUGGAACCGUGAGGAGGAAGAGAAGAAGGGAAAGCAAAGCGAAGAGGAGCGUAUGGACAAGGACGAUAUUUAUGUGUACGGGGAUGAGGAGGAGGACGGAAAGCGGCAGCCUCGAGACUGGACAGGCGUCGACCGAGAUCGCCGGUCAGCUUUCCUGAUAAUGGGGGCUCUGCGUUCUGAGGGUAUCUUGUAG